AAAGAAGGAAGGAAGGCAGGCAGCCGGGGGGACCGGAGGAUGCUCGCCGCGGUCCCCAGCCGCGGGGAUGCGGGGUUGCUAGGAGGCAGGUGAAGGUGAAGAGGAGAGUGCUGCGGAGGACCGCAGGCCCAGAUCCGCAUGUCAGACGAGAGCAGCACCGACAAUGGGGAGUCAGACCCCCAGCACAGCCUGUAUAUGGUCUUCCUCCUCGUCCUUGUCUUCUUCAUCAUGGGACUGGUGGGUUUCCUUAUCUGCCAUGUCCUGAAGAAGAAGGGUUACCGGUGCCGGACUUUCCGGGACGAGCUCGACCCAGAUAACAAAGAUGUGCUGGCAGAGCUUCAGGCCAAUGAAGAGGAGGAGCUGAACGAGGACACUGUGGAGAAGAUUGUGAGAUGCAUCAUCCAAAAUGAAGCGAAUGCAGAGGCCCUCAAAGAGAUGCUGGGGGACAAUGAAGGGGACAUCCCAGUGGCAGUGCCCAGCCUUUGUCCUCACCGUAACAGCCAGGAUGGGGGCCCACCACAUCACCACACGGUACAUCUGGGCUCCACGCAGGCCCCCUGCAUCCACUGCAGCAGGAGGAAGAGGCACCCACUGCAUCGGCAAGGACGGUCCAAGGAAGGCAAAGGCAGGAUGCAUCCUGGAGAGACCACAGUCUUCUCAGUGGGCAGGUUUCGUGUCACACACAUCGGGAAGAAGCCCACCUUCCACGAGCAGCAGGAUGGUCCCCUGCCUGACGGCAGCCGAGAGCUGAGCACAGAGGAGCUGGAGCACAGCAGCGACCGCCUCCAACGGGAGCGGGCUCGCAACGGGACUGUCCCCACAGGUGGCCUGCAGAAUGGAGCCGUCCAGAAAGGUGCCCAGAGCAACAAAGGUGGGGAGCAGAGCCGCACCACCACCCCGGCCCCAAAUACACCGAUCAGCUCUGGCACUCGUGGCAGCAGGCAUUCAGGCAAGGGGUCCGGAGUGACAGGAUCACUGCAGGAUGCUGGCACUGGUCCUCCUGGGAGCACAAGCCGCCAGAGGAAGCUCCUAAGCCAUCGGGUGCUGGGUGGGUCAAGUCCCAGCAUCCCAGGAGAGCUGAUGCAGGAAGGAGGCAGCAUCUGCCUGGAGGAGACCGGACUGGGGUCAGCAGACGAAGUGUCGGAUAUUCACGGGAGCCUGAGUCUGCACGAACAGGUUGAUGAGUUGGGGAGAGACGACAGCAGCAGAAGACAGCCUGGGGUGGAGGACAAAGGCCAGCAGGAGCCCAGCACAGUGACACAGGACCGAGGAGCAACUGUGUGACCUCCUCUCCGCUCCUGGCUGGAGCGUGGACGUGGAGAUGCGUGGCCCCCCCCCGGCUCCCUAUGCUGGGCUGGGGGCUCUGCUGUGGGGGGGACCUGUGGGGCAGCCGGCCCCGGGCGAGCAGCUACGCGCUUGGCAUGGCCGGAGCGACGCGCCGACGUUACAGACAACCACGCUCGGCGCCAGACCUCAUCCCAUUGGCAAUAGGUACCUGACCCCCACCCACCGCACCCGCCCUGGAGACCCCCCCACCCUGAGGGCA